AUGUCGCAUCGCAAGUUCGAGCGGCCCCGUCACGGCUCGCUGGGCUUUCUGCCCCGGAAGCGAACGAGGCACCACCACGGCAAGAUCAAGAGCUUCCCGAAGGACGACCAGUCCAAGGCCCCACACCUCACAGCGUUUAUGAGCUACAAGGCGGGCAUGACGCACAUCGUGCGGGAAGUUGACCGGCCAGGGUCCAAGUUGCACAAGAAGGAGAUCGUGGAGCCCGUCAGCAUCGUCGAGAGCCCCCCCAUGAUUGUGGUUGGCUUCGUGGGUUACGUUGAGACCCCCCGAGGCCUCCGUGCGUUGACCUCCGUGUGGGCAGGACACCUGUCCGAGGAGUGCAAGCGUCGCUUCUACAAAACGUGGCACACUUCCAAGCAGAAAGCUUUCACGAAGUACCAGAAGCGCUGGGAAGAGGCUGGUAAGGAUGGCACUCCGAUGGCUGCCGAGGUUGAGCGAGCAAAGAAGUACUGCCAAGUGAUUCGGGCCAUCUGCCACACGCAGGUGGGCAAGGUGCGUAUUGGCCAGAAGAAGGCGCACAUCAAGGAAAUCCAGGUGAAUGGAGGCACCACGGAUGCAAAGGUGGACUUCGUGAUGGGCCUGUUUGAGAAGGAAGUGAAGGUGGCUGACGUCUUCAGCCAGGACGAAAUGGUCGAUGUGAUCGGUGCGACGAAGGGUAAGGGCUUCAACGGCGUGGUGACACGCUGGGGUGUGACGCGGCUGACACGGAAGACGCACCGCGGGCUGCGCAAGGUGGCAUGUAUCGGCAGUUGGCACCCGGCCCGCGUCGCUUUCCAGGUGCCAAGGUCGGGACAGCGGGGCUACCACCAUCGCACCGAGAUCAACAAGAAAAUCUAUCGUGUGGGCAAGGCCCUGAAGGACGAUGCCAACAACGCCAGCACUGAGAACGACCUCACGGAGAAGCCCAUCACCCCAAUGGGCGGAUUCUCGCACUACGGUGAAGUAAGGGAGGACUGGAUCAUGCUCAAGGGCACAGUCAUGGGCCCUCGCAAGCGCUUGGUCACCCUGCGCAAAUCCUUGCUGCCGCAGGUCACGCGCAAGGCCCUGGAAAAGGUGACCCUGAAGUUUAUCGACACAUCUUCCAAGUUCGGCCACGGCCGUUUCCAGACCAGUGACGAGAAGGCCAAGUUCUACGGGGGUGUGCAGAAGAAGGCAAAGACAGAGGGUAAGGCCGACGAGGCAUGA